CCCUUAGCUCCUGUUUGAGAAAACCGAGAGAGUACAUUGCAAACUGUGAACACUUCUCUCAUCCUUCACCUUUCUUUCUUUGUUGUGAUCUCAUCUGCUGCACUUGAGAUCCAAUCAUGGCUGCAAAACUUUAUGGUGGAGCUUAUCUCACUUCCUUUGUUGAUGCUAUUUUGGAGAAGCUUUCUCCAAUACUUGAAGAUGACUCAUUCGUGGAAAGGUACAUCUUGCUUGGAAGGUUGGAGAAAACUCUGUAUGAGGCUGGACCUGUUCUUGAUGAUGCUGAGCAGAAGCAGUUCACUAAUAAGAAAGUGAAGAAGUGGCUUGUUGAUCUCCAAGAUGCUCUCUAUAAGGCUGAUGAUUUGGUCGAUGAGCUCUCCACUAAGGCUGCCAUCGCUGCCACUCUAAGAGAUCCAGGUAUCUUUUCUUCCUGUUCUUCUGUUGUUGAUUCAUAUAUUGAAGGUACUGGUGACAUGGAAAAAAUAGUUGGUACACUAGAGUCUGUUGUAGCACGUAAAGAUUUACUUUGUCUGGAGAAGAGUGCCAAGGUGGACAUGCCGAGAACUCCAUCCACAUCUCUCCUUGUAAGUUCUGACAUAUUUGGUCGGGAUAAAGACAUGAAGAAGAUAAUCAAAUUGGUGGCAGAUGAUACUCGUCAUGCUGAAUCACCUGUGACUGUCAUCCCCAUUGUGGGUAUGGGUGGUAUAGGAAAAACUACUCUGGCUCAAUUGGUUUACAAUGAUGAGCAAGUGCAGCAAAAGUUUAAUGUUAAAGCAUGGGUUUGUGUUGGUGAAGUAUUUGAUGUUCUUAAGGUGACAAAGACUGUAGUGGAGAAAGCUACUUCUGCUUCUUGCAAUAUGAAUGAUUUAGAUUCAGUACAACAACGUUUGAGGACUGAGGUAACAGGGAAGAGGUUUUUGGUUGUUCUGGAUGACAUGUGGACCAAUCAUUAUGAUGAUUGGAAAACUUUUCUACGUCCCUUCCAAUGUGGAAGUCAGGGAGGAAUGAUUCUUGUAACAACCCGCAUUGAUACAGUUGCUUCUAUGGUGAAAACAAUUCCAGCUCACAAUUUGAGUUUGUUGGAUGAUGAACAAUGUUGGUCGGUGUUUGCAAAUCAUGCAUUUUUUCCUACUGAAUCCCGAGAUCGUUUGGCUUUGGAAAAAGUUGGUAGAAAAAUUGUUGAAAAGUGCAAAGGACUGCCUUUGGCUGCUCAAUCACUUGGGGGCUUGCUAAGAACCAAGGAUAACAUAUCGGACUGGGAAGAUGUUCUGAUGAGUGAGAUUUGGGAGUUUUCUGAAGAUGAGUGUAGGAUUCUUCCUGCAUUAAGGAUCAGCUAUCACUACCUCCCUUCAUAUUUAAAACGUUGCUUUGUUUAUUGUUCUUUAUAUCCAAAGGACUACGAAUUUGACAAAGAUGAAUUAGUGAUAUUAUGGAUGGCAGAAGAUCUUUUGCAACAACCAAAAAGUGGAAGCAUUUUAGAAGAAGUUGGAUAUAAAUACUUCAAUGAUUUAGCUGCACGAUCAUUCUUUCAACCUUCAAAGAAUGGUUUUGAAUAUUCAUUUGUGAUGCACGAUCUCAUGCAUGAUCUAGCUACAUUUUAUGGUGAAAAGUUCUUUGUUAGAAUCUCUGAACAGGAGAAUGUAUCCCAACAUGAUACUAAAACUCGUCAUUUGUCAUAUGAUCUCAACGACAAUGAUUCAGUCCCGAAGAUGUUGAAAGCAUGUGAGAGUUUAAGUCAUGUGAGGACCCUGUUUCAAAUCAAUGAAUAUAUAUACCGUCAACACAAAGAGGGAAUUGAUCCUUGUAGCUUACUGGCACAGGUGAAGCGCUUACGUGUUUUGUCAUUUACAUCAUUUAAAAUUGAUAGAUUGCCUGAUUCAAUUGGUGAAUUGAUCCACUUGCGUUAUUUGAAUCUCUCUAACACACUUGUCGUGACAUUGCCCAAGUCCUUGAAUAAUUUGUACAAUUUACAAACAUUGAAGUUGGCAGAGUGUAAAAAACUUAAAAAGCUUCCCUCCAACAUGCAAAAUCUUGUGAAUCUGCGUCAUCUUGAUAUUGAGGGCACUGAUUUAGAAGAGAUGCCAAAAAAGAUGAGCAAAUUAAAAGAUUUGCAUUUGUUAAGUUGCUAUAUUGCGGGCAAACAUGAAGAGAAUGGGAUUGGAGAAUUGGGAGAGCUACCACAUCUUCAUGGAUCAUUUUGUCUUGAGAAAUUAGAGAAUGUUAAGAAUAGUGGUGAAGCAUCGAAUGCAAGGAUGGAUGAAAAAAUACACCUGAAUGCUUUAUAUUUGGAGUGGUCAUGGUCAUCAUUUGAAGAAAGUGAGGUUUGUGAUUCGCAAAGUGAAAAAGAUGUACUUGACAAAUUACGUCCUCACAAAGACUUGAAGGACCUAUCUAUCUGGGGUUACAGAGGUAGCAUGUUUCCGGAUUGGGUAGGGCAGUCUUCGUACCACAACAUGACUUGGUUGAAGCUGAGGGGAUGCAGGAAUUGUUGGGUGCUUCCUUCACUUGGACAGUUACCCUCUCUAAUGACUUUGGAGAUUUCAGAAUGUGAUAAGGUGAAGAAGAUUGGUGGGUCAUUCUAUAAGGGUGAUGGAACUCAUCAGCAUCAGGAGACACCCUUCCGAUCCCUUAAAUAUCUCAGUAUUAAAGGAAUGCCUUGCUUGGAGGAAUGGGAGUCAUAUGAAUGUGAUGAUGAUGAUCAUCCACCAUUUCCGAAACUUGAGAUGCUUAUUAUAGAGAACUGCCCUAAGUUAAGAGGAGAUUUGCCCACUUUCCUUCCGUCUUUGAAAGAAAUUGUCAUAUCAGGAUGUGAGGAGCUUGGUUGUUAUCUGCCAAGAGCUCCCAUCAUUCGCGAAUUAAGAAUACAUGGCAAACAGGAAGCAAGAAUGCGGGACCAACCACUUUCCAUGUUGGAGAAAGUAAAAAUUAAUGGAGAGCAGCUUGUGGAUUCUCUGUUUGAGGCCAUGACCCACACCCAACCAACCUCUCUCAUACACCUACACAUCUCUGAGUGCUCAUCAGCCAUAUCAUUUCCAGGGGAUUCUUUGCCCCCUUCAUUGGAAGUGCUAUCAAUCAUUAACUGCAAGAAUGUAGAAUUCCCAAUGCAACACCAACAACAUCACUCACUAACGAGUCUUACAAUAAAGAACAGCUGUGAUUCGCUUACAUCCUUCGCAUUGCCAGCGUUCCCAAAUCUCAAGGAUCUCACAAUUGAAAGAUGUGAAAAUUUGACAUCUCUGGAGCUGUCACAGUCACAGUCCCUCCGAGAAUUAUGGAUUGAUGGAUGCCCUAAGCUGGAGAACAUAAUAAGGCUGCCUGCCUCUUUAAGGGAACUCAGUAUCUAUAAAUGUCCGUUGUUGGGUGAAGGCAUAGAGAGGAAGGACCCCCACAUUUGGCCAUUCAUUUCCCACAUUCCCCGCAUUCGACUUGAUGGGAAACUGAUUCUCAAUGACUCAAGAUCUUAAAAGAGAUGAUCUUAACAGUUUUCUAUGUACUAAUUGUUUGCUGGUUGAGUACAUGGACAAGGAGCUAUGUAUAUACUUGAACUUUGUUGUCUCAGGCAGCAACUUCAAGCUGGAGUGGACCACUCUUAGACUGGUAUAAUCCUACACUGCAUUACUCUUGUGACUAUUUUCUUGUACAAUAUACUUUCUCAUGCACCUUUUUGUAACCAUUGUGAAUAAUGUUGAGUGGCUGGUAUGGUGAUCUCAAAACAGUAUUCCUCAACUAAAGGAAGAAAUGAAUUCUGAGGCACGUCUUUUGAGUAAGUUUUGAAUAGUAUUAUGUGGCUAUUACUGUUACGGGAUUUUGGCCAUAAUGCUAUAUAAACUACAUACAGCAUAGAAUGUUUAUUAGAAGGUUAUAGUUUUGUUAAUUCAAGGAUAAACCCUUGAGAAUGAUGAAAUCUUCUACUUUCAACUUUUGCCUUUCUCAUUAACGGUUUUUCUUCUUUUUAUUGUUAUUUGUGUCAGCUACUUUUGCACCACCCCUUAGACUCACCCAAAUCUAAGGCCUUUCAUUACAUUUCUUGGUGUAGCUCUUGCUUGCUAGCUUGUGGCCCUCGUUGGUUUGAUAUGCUGUUUACUAUCUUUUAGUAUUAACUUCUGUUGAAUUAAGAAAUUAAUUAACCUUGUGAUGACUAUGCACUAAGCAAAAAUUGUAUGACUUGUUCUAAUGUGUUUGUUUUAGCGUAGCAAGAGACGAAUCGGAGCAAACUUGGAUUAAUUGAAAUUAGGAGACCAAAGGAAUCUGGGCAAGAAUGAUGGAGGAACAAUGAAUCCCAAACAAAUCAGAUGAGGUGCAGUCUCUGCAUCAAUUCAAAAGCAGAAUUCGUGGAAGACAUCAUCGUCGUACAAAAUCAAAAGAAGAAAUGGAUGAUGAAAAACAUAAUUUUGCAAGGACAAACAGACCAAUCAAAAUGCAACAAGAUUACCUUCAAUGAUAUGGAUACAGUUGGAGCAACCUGUCAAAAAUAGGCAGAAAGCUUACAAGAAAAAAGGAAGGACAAACUUAGUUUUAUAUUUUUAUUUACACUCAACAAUUAUCUUUUUUUUUUCUUUAGAGUUUUCAUGCCUUCAUCGUUUCAUUCUAUUUUAGGAGAGCUGAUAUGAGUUAUUCUGUUUAUACGAAAGAGAGAGCUUAGAAAGUGAGAAUCAAUUUCUGUUAUGAAAAGGCAAGAGAGCUAAGAUGUGAGAAUAUCUAGAAAAAACUAUAGUGCCCUUUGAGAAAUUUGUUUUUUGUAUUGGCUUGAAUUGGUAUUUGUAACUUGAAUUUGUUUAUAGUGAAAAAUUCUACCAUUUGUUAUGGUGGAGACUGGAUGUAGAUCUCACUUUGGGAUU